UAUUGAUAAACAAGUCCCCUUGUUUGCGGUUUUCAGACUACGUCUGCACUACGUAAAUCAACCAAUAAUUCUACCAAAUAUUCCAUACAUCAUGACUUUAGGAAAUAACUGGCAAAGAAAGGAAAAUAAUUAAGGGGGAAGUAUUCCGCCCGAAUCGUGGCAUUCCUUAAUUAGACAGCGUCGUCAAGGUAUGAUGUCGGCCAGUCGUGUUUCAGAACCGUCAGUGGACAGUUAUAUAUAUAAGAUGCUCUGGCCACUUGACCAAGCUUUACUCGCUCUGUGCUAGCCCUGACAUUCAUUUCAGUUUCUCUAAGCUCGUGGGAAUGGUGUUUAUACUAUAUGUAUGUGACGCCUAAUUAUUUAUUGUCAUUUGCGUGCGCUAAACGUGACGAUCCUUUCUCAAAGCUAAAUAUGCCUCGCUAAGACGCGGACACAGCUUUUCAGUGCUCGUGCAUUCUUGAUUGGAAAAUUCCACGGUCCAUUUGAUUCAGUCUUCUGCAAUUGUUAUUCAAAUUUGGAAGAGGGACAAUUGACCUUUUUUGAAGAUCAAGAAUGUAUGUUUUGGCAGUUGUAAUUUUUGGUAUACUGAACUAUGCUGUAGAAUCUAGGACAAUUGGCUGUGUGCUGGAAUCUGUACCGGGGACACGGAACCAGUUUACAGUUCAAGUAUCAACAACUGGCCAAUCAAAAGUCUUCUACUGUGCCAAUGGUACAGUGUUCGAUCAACAAGCAUGUGUUUGUGUCACUAACAUGGAUCCAAACAUGAGCCCGACAGCUCCUCCCAUUCGUCGGUCGACAAGAACUUCUCUGGACUUUCUUGGUCCUACCACAGUUCCACCAUGUAUGUUCAAACCAGAUGUAGACCGCCAUUAUUACCUCGAGCAGGUACACAUGUCUUCCUGGAAGAGGAGACCAUGUGCUUACGGCACGCUUUUUAAUGAGGAGAAAUGCAUGUGCAUAGACCGAGCACCUAUAUCUACCUCAAUUUGUAGACCUAGUUUUGCUUUAGAUUUUGAUUCCAAACCUAUCCGAGAUACUUCAAACAUGCAAGUUUAUCUAAGUAACGAUGGCGUGGAGUCCGUUGUGAAGUCUGGACAAUUUAACAAACAGGCUCGUCUUCAUAUACCCAUGUUCUCCUGGAUAGGUCACAAGAUGACCAUUAACUUCCGGUUCUUCGAGUGGAGCGGUGGGGACAGAGAACAAACUCUUAUUGCCAAUUGUUAUCAUUCCAACGCUUUGUCAAGUGGAAUGGGUUCUGUUGAAGUAAUGCUUAAAGACGAAACAAAGGAAGUUAUUUUCCGAAUUAAAACGACACAGUCACCGAUGCGGGAAAUAGCCGUUCCUUAUCCUACAAAAAGCUGGAAAAAUGUUACUUUGACAUAUGAUGGAAGGUAUUUCAGAGGGCAAGUGAAUGACCGAGAAGCCACGGUUCAAGUUAGAGGAAAUAUAGAAAGCCGUGCUGAAGGAUUUUAUAUUGGGCAGUGCCCAAGAAGAGCUGACGGCUCAAGACGAGCCUAUGUAGGCUAUAUUGAUGAUUUGAAGUUUUAUAAAUGUGUUCGGCCUGAUAUUCGUAAUCCAGGAUUACCUUAGACUUCCUGACUGAAAUCCGGUAAAUGGAUAAUCCUUCAGUGACAAUCUGUGAAAGACAGUUGACCUCAGUUAUCCAACAGAAGUUUUCCGAGGAAUUCCCAAAAAGUCACGCGGAUGAACCAUGUCUAUUUAUAGAAUGCAGUGUUUGAUUUUCUUGGUGUUUGAACUGUACGAUGCUAAUUUAUUGGGACAGUACAUGGGUUGCUCUGUAUUGUUAGAGCUACAUGGUGUGAUACUCAGGUACCUUUUAAUGUGACAAUGUUUCUGUCUGCUGUUUGUAUUGUGUAAACAUUUUUUUCUAUCGACGUGUUAUAUGUUCUAGUUGAAGAUUGUAAAUACAAACUUUAUUGUUGAUGAUACCUCAUUUAAACACAGUGACUAUUAUUAUUAUUUUUUUUUUUGCUUUUUCCUGAUUAAAAGUUAAAUGAGCAUUUAUGCGUUUCUCAAGGGAUCUGUGUUUAGGCAGGUCAUGUUGAUUUCUUGUUAGCAAUACGGUUUGUCAUUAAGUCUAA